AUGGAAGUUAGUCAUAAUACUACUAGGAAACCAAGAACAAGGUUUAGGGGUAAAAAAAAGAAUUUUGAUAGUAGUAAUGAUGGAAAUGUAUCCGUUGACAGAGAUAAAACUUUUGAAUGUGAAGAUGAAAAAGAAGCUCCAUUUGAAAAUGCUUUUAAACAUGCUACUAUUGCUUUGACACAAGGUGGUAGAAAAAAUGUUACUUCAGUUAUGCAAGUUGAACUAAGUAAUAAAAAUGAAAGUAACAAAACAUUACACAUCAAUCCAGUACAACCAACAACACAAACACCACCAACGCCACAACCACAAUCAACACCACAAGUACCACCAACACCACAAGUAGUACAACCUCCUAUACAAGAACUUUCCGGUCAAGAAAAAAAAGUAUCUGGAAAAAAUAUAGCUGAUCUUGCAGUAACAUUUGUUGAUAAAUUAAUUGAUGAAGGUUUAGAUAGAUUAAAAAAAGAAUUUACAGAAAUUAAUCGUAUAGUUCCUCAAAAAAAUGAAAUUACUAAUUUUUUAAAACCAGAAAAUGCAUUAAGAAAUAGAAAUAUAAAUGUACCAUGUAUUGAUAGUACACGAGUAGAGUUAACAAAUUACACAACAGAUUAUAUUCAUGCAAAUUAUGUUGGAACAUUAUCUAGUCCUAAACGUUUCAUUUGUACUCAAUCUCCAACAACUGAUACGGUAAAUGAUUUCUGGUUUAUGAUAGCACAACAUGAUGUGUCAUGUAUUGGAAUGAUAAGUGAUAUGUCAAAAGGAAAUAAAGAUAAAUUAGAAUUAUAUUUUCCAAAUAAAACAAAUCGUUCUUAUAAAUUUGGUGAAGUCAAAGUUACUUGUAAAAAAAGAGAAAGAAUGUCAAUAAAUAGUGAAUUAAGAAGAACUACUUUAAAGAUUCAGUAUAUGGAUAAAAAAUUAGAUGUUUUGCACUAUCAUUGGGCUUACUUUCCAGAUAAGUCUGUUCCAACAGUUUCACAAACACCAUUUCAAUUAUUGGGAUUUUUAAGAUUCUCUAAAACACCAAUUGUUCUUCAUGAUGCUUUGGGUACAGGAAGAGUUGGAAUAUUAUGUUUAAUUGAAAUGUUUAUGGAAUGCCUUAUGAAAGGUAAAGAAGUAGAAUCAUUACAACAAUUAACAGAAUCUUUAAAAAAAUCAAGAGCUUUUUCAUUGGAAUACGAAAUUCAUUACUUCUACAUACACUCAAGUAUAAUAGAUUAUCUAAAAAGAAAAAUAAAUUUCCAGUCUUCACAAUUACUUUUAGAAUUCAUAGAUAGUUAUGAUAAUGCCGUAAAGAAAUAUGAAAAGACAUUAAACAAAUAG